ACGUGCACGAGGUUUGCAUUAGAGCCUGCGUGGUCCAGAAUCAAUAUUUUUAAGAAAUUCCUUUGGCGCAUAAAUAUUCCCGGGAAAUAUUUAAAACCCUUGGCCCUGUCUGUCCCUCUCUAAACCCCAUCCCUGUGUGAGUAAAACCAUCCCCCGUCCCUCUGCGAAUGAAACUGUCGGGAGGCGCCAACGGCUCUCCUCUCGCUCUCUCUCUCAGAAUCCCACACAGAAGCACAGAGCUCUCACAGGAGCCCUCAAACCCUAGUGGAGCUCUCUCUCUCUCUCUCAGCUCUCUUUCUCGCUCUCUAGCCCACACAGAGCUCAGAAGGCCUCACAGAAGCUCAAAAGCAUUAUUUAGACUGAUUUGUGAGCACUCUCAAACGCUAGUCGAGCUCUCUCUCUCUCAGACGUUCUUCACUUCAACCAUAGAGUAUUGCACAACGGUGCUUGAUAAAUCUCGUGCUACAAUGGGUGUGGCUAGAUCAGGCUCUGGUGUUGUUGCUAAAACACAAGCCUGUCAAAGAAAAGCUGACAAACUUGCGAAGAAGUUGAAAUUUUAUACUACUUACUAUUGUUUCGGAUGUCCAAUGCCCUUCGGUGCAGGUGUCAAAGAUACUGUUGUGGCUUUAGCAGCAAAGAAGGCAAUUAAUAAGAAAAGAAGAACAAGAAGUCGGCAGCGGAAGGCGAAAACAUAUGAUCUCUCUUCUCUAGCCGAGUUCCUUCCUAAUCUAGAUGAUCUCAAACAGCCCGAUCCCCAUCCUUUGAAGUUGAAGGUGGACUGCAAAAAUCGACGAAAGCUAUUGGAAAAGGAGCACGAUCAGUUCAGAGCAGUCCUUGAUCAUCCUGCUUUCCAGUCAGAGCCCAUAGCUGCGGUAUACCAGCAUCUUGAGAAAACCUGUUCUCUGCUGGCUGAUGAUAAUGGAUCGAAAAGGCUGGUGGCCAGAAGUAAGAAAGGUGAGGCUUACGGUUCUAAGAGAAAAAAAGGAUCAAAAUCCAAGAUAUUGCCUGAUGCUCAAUCCAUGCUCCUGAAUUGAUAUGCUGGCUUUGAAAUUUGAAUGGAAGUUCCUCCUUUUCGUUUCCCAAAGAAAAAGCAAGAUGGGAACGUUUUGAAUCCUGUAUACAACUGUUUCCAAAGUAACGCCCGCUGCUCUCUUAACCAAGAUCCUAAUUAGUUCAUGCAUGGACACAUGGCUACUGUUAUUCUUGGAUGGGAUUGUAUAUUGUGCGGGGAGGUAACUAUUAUUCAUCAAAUCGAAUUUAUUAGAGGACGCGGUUAGCAAUCGGCCAAGCCUGGACAUGUAGAAUUGCGGGUGUUAUUUUUGAAAUAUAAUUCGAUUUUAAUUUUUAGAGAAUA